UUCCGGCGGCCAUAAUAUCAAAAAUAGAAAGCGGUGGUGAUCAUCAUUGGAUUUACUACGCUAUAAAGAUGGGUUCCAAUCCCGUUCCAGCUUUUUUGACAAAGCUUUGGACACUUGUUGAAAACCCUACAUGUGACGAUCUUAUUUGUUGGGACGCAUCUGGAAAAAGCUUCCAUGUAUUUGACCAAGGAAGAUUUGCAAAGGAGAUCCUUCCUCUUUAUUUCAAGCACAGCAACAUUGCCAGUUUUAUACGGCAAUUGAAUAUGUAUGGCUUCAGAAAAGUGACCAACAUAGAGCAAGGCCUAAAGUCGGAGAAGGACGACCUAGAAUUUCAUCAUCCCUAUUUUCAGAGAGGCCAGGAACACUUGUUAGAGCACAUCAAAAGAAAAAUCACACAUCAUCUACCAUCUCAUCCAACAAUCCGUGUGGAUCCAGUGGUGUCAGUUUCACACAAUGUACAGCCUGAAGAUCUGGAUAGAAUGGUGGCAGAGGUCAACCAGGUCAAAGGCAAACAGGAUCUGAUGAACUCCAAACUGGACACCAUGAAGAGAGAAAAUGAAGUACUGUGGAGAGAAGUUGCCUCAUUGAGGCAAAAACACAUGAAGCAGACACAGAUCAUAAACAAACUGAUCCAGUUCCUGGUCCAUUUUGUUGGAGCCAAUCGUGUGACGGGAGGAAAUAAACGUAAACUGCCCCUGAUGAUCAGUAACACGGAGAGUCCGAAGGUGCCGAAAUACAGCGAGAAAAUCCUCCCCCUGUCCCCGGCCGCCUACUCAGUACAAACUCCUGAGUCUUACAGUAACUUGAGUAACAGUAAAGGUCCUAUCAUACAUGACAUCACAGACCUACAGGAGGCUCCCCCACAACAGACUGCGGCCAACAUAAAGAAGGAGCAGCAUCCAUACAUAGACAUUGGCCAUCUGGCCCUUCCUUCUGACCUUGUGUCCUCACCGACUACAGCAGAUCACACUCAUGAGAAGGAGGAUAUGAAUCUGUUUAAUGGAGAUUUGUUAUCUGAAGCCGCAUCAGAAAUUAUGCCCAAAGUGAUCUCCAUAUCGGACCUGGGGAAGAUAGAUCACAUGCAACACAUGCACCACAUCCCCAUGACGUCAGAAUCAAAAGGCUCGCCAGCAGGCUCUGUGUCUUCAGUAGGGAGUGGUGGCACAUUGUCAAAGCCAUUCACCAGGCAGAAGUCAGAGAUGUCGGAUCAUGUGGACUCUGUGAGCUCGGAUCUGGAAGGACUGAAGGACUUUCUGGCAGGAUCCAACUAUUUUGAUCAAAAUUUGUUACAAGGGCUGUUUGAUUCAGACCAGGAACACUUUCAUAUGGGAAAUGCACUCUUCAAUGCAGAUGGAAGCAUUAAUACAGCAGCUGGUGAUUCGAUCUUAGCAGGAUUGGACACAAUGAGGCCAGACGAAGGAUCAAAUUCAGGGCCUCUAGUUCACUACAAGCCUGGAGACGAGGAGAUCCCUGACCUUUUUGACCUUGCUGAAAUGUCCAAGGAGGAUCACGAAGCAGAGACUUCCAAGGAAUCCAUGGAUCAAAUCAAAUCAGAGGCCCUGGAUACCCCCCUCCCCAUCCAGAUAUCCGCGGAUGACCUGGAUUAAGUACACAAGCACUUACUCUUAUGUACAUAUUGUAUAUUUCUUUGAUCGUGAGUAUUUGAUGUGCCAUUUUAUUUAGUGCAUUUGUUUUUCAUUGUUUGUUACAGAAUGUGAGUUGUUUCCUUAUUCUGCAAAACAUUGUGGUUGUGGAUUGUUAAAUGUUUGUGAGUGUGAGCGAGAGAAGGAACUUAAUCCAUUUAUUCAAUAAUUGUUAAAAAGAGUUAUGCCUCUUUGCAUGCAAAUAUUUUUAUACCAUUAACAUUAAACAUGGGGCAUUAUAGGGAAAUGGUGAGUUAGAGAAUUCUAGAAGUAAAGUUUUUUUUAAGAUUUGUAAAUAAUCAUCCAGGUCACAAGGUGGCAUAUGUAAAGAUUUUCAACCUGCACUUCUCUUUGAAGAAUUUCAUAAAAAAAAUCAUUUCAUUUGAUAUUUUGAGGUAGAUAUAAAUGUGGUUCACUCUGGAUAGAUACUGUAUUUGCAUUCAGUUUCAGAACUAAAAAAAAAUUUUUCAUUUGGAAUUCUUCAAUAAUUAUA